AUGGGCUCCAUACAGCCAGAAGACACAAUGGUCUCCCCAGGCCCUCUCGUAGUAGGAGGGGGCCCAGUUGGAAUGUUGACAGCUCUCAGGCUGGCCCAGCUGGGAGUACCAUGCACAUUAUGCGAAAUGAGCACUGAGACGACUCGCUGGCCCAAGAUGGACAACAACAGCUGCCAUACUAUGGAGAUACUGCGUAUAAUGGGGCUUGCUGAGGAAUAUCGACAGCAACCCGGGGCUAUACCACAGCAUAGCGAGUGGGAUACCAUUUUUUUCAACACUUGCGGACUGAAGAAGAAACUUGUUAGUCGAUGGCAUAUCCCAAGCAACAACGAAUAUCGUGCCAAGAUCCACGCGAAUAACGAUGGCUCACAGCCUGCCGAGCCGGGUCAGCGUUGCUCGCAGAUUGUGCUUGAAGCAUUCUUGAAGAAGAAAUGCCUCGCGGAGCCCUUGAUUACAAGCUGCUUUGGCUACAAAUUUAUAUCGCUUGCUGAAGACGACGAAGGUGUCACUGCUACUUUCAUAGAUAUGGAUAACCGGGAAAAAACGAUGAGAGCAGCUUAUUUGGUUGGUGCAGAUGGUGCUCAGAGUAAAGUGAGGAAAAGCGUUGGGAUCCAACUCCCAGGGAGACCUCUACCAGGUGCCUUUUUCAUGGUCCACUUCCGGUCUAAAGAACUCACCAGAUCCUCUCCAUUUGGCAAGUGGUGGCACGCCUUUGGCCUCCACGGUGGCUUUAUGAUCAAUCAAGACGACGUCGACACCUAUACCUGUCAUGAACCUUGCUCUGCUGAUGCUGCAGCCAUCAGAGAGCUCCAAGAACACCCCGAGGGAAUCCCUUAUCGUGUCCUUGGAAGUCUCGGCAUGCCUUACAAAUUUGAAAUCGACGAAGUCGUGCUGGCUAAUGCAUGGCGUCCGAACUUUGGGCUUGCAGAUUCCUACGUCAGUCGUGAUGGACACGGCCGUGUGUUCCUCGCCGGCGACGCUGCUCAUCGUAACCCUCCACACGGCGGCUAUGGCAUGAAUAGCGGUGUAGAAGACGCCUUCUCGCUAGCGUGGCGUCUUUCAGCUUUGUACAAAGGUAUCGGUGGAAGGAACCUCAUUACUUCAUAUACAAAUGAGCGAAGACCGAACAUGAUGAUGCGUCUCGAACGUUGUGAUGCCCAUAUCGGAAAGUUCACUCCUAUGAUCAUGCGUACUAUGACAGCCCCGAGCCCAGGUAUUUUCCUCGAAGAGAGUGAGGAAGGGGAGAAGGCGCGGGCCGAGGUAGCAAUGCACCUGGACAGUGUGGGGCCUGAAAAUAUCGACCGUGGAGUGGAACUCGACUUGAGAUAUUCGAAUAGUGAAGUUAUCGUGAGCGACGGGACGAGGGAGCCGAACUUCGAUAACAUGAGCUAUACGCCAAGCACAAGGCCCGGACAUAGAGCGCCACAUGUCUUCUUGAGUGAUGACCACACAAGUACGGUAGAUCUCUACGGAACAGAGUGGACAUUGAUGGACUUCUCGAAGGUCGAAAACGACCAUCAAAAGCCCACUGGCUAUGACGAGGCGACAUCCCCGGCGACGACAAUAAAAUCUGUUGCGAAGUUAAUGAAUAUGCCCUUGACUCACGUUCAACUGGGUGACGAGGCGACGUCCCCGGUAGCGACUUUCAAAGAUGUAGCCAAUGCCAUGGGAGUGCCGCUGACGCACGUGCAGCUGGAUGCCAGAGAAACGCACGUUAAGAACGUGUGGGAAAGUUUUGAUUAUGUUUUAGUCCGUCCAGAUGGAUACGUCGCCUGGCGUGGAGGCAAAGAAGGGGCCAGGGAUGAAAGUUGUGAGCUGAACGUGGGACGAAUUAGGAACAUUUUGUGCAUUGCUCUGGGUUGGAAGACAGACCCUGGGUUUGCAGUGGGGGAGAAAAAGGAGCUGAAUCUGGAUAUCAAUUUGACAAGCAUUCACGGGGUCAAAGAGGAAUUAGGGGUAGGCGAGGGCCAAGGUGAUGCGUUUGUGGGGUUUGUCCGGGAAGGGAACAGAACUUAG